AUGCAGAUACAGAAUGAGUUGCAGCUUUCCCAAGCCUUCACUCGGCGCAGCCUUGCAUGCGACCUGAUGGGUGUGAUCACUUUCAGGGCGCAAGAGAAUUGGCACAAAUUUUUAAUGGACAGGCUUGCUGAAUCACCUCCACCCAACUUCAGGAGGAUCUCGACGGAGCAAGUGCUCAGGGCUGACCGUCAGGCAUGGCAAAAGCUUGCUGAGAUCGUUCCUUCCAUCAAGAGGACCUCUGCCGGGGCCUUGCCGCUCGACGCUGCCUUUCCUACCCUGCCAACCGAGGGUUCGAUAUCCUUUUAUCUGUUGCCAACCAGGCUGCAGGAACUCGACGACAAGCCCCCUCGUAAGCCAUGGAAAGGGAACGGCAAGGGUAAAGACCAGAAGGGCGACCGGGGUACCAAGCGAGAUUCCGAGGGCAAGGAGAAGUCAACUCCUGAGCUCCCCGAUGCCCUUAAGGACAUGCCCUUGCGCACCACGAGCAAGGGCAAGCGAAUGUGUUGGUCUUACAACAUCAAGGUUGACGACAGAGUUAUGCCGCCUCCUCUCAAGGAGGUGACCUGUGACAUUUGUCGUUCAGACGUGGAGCGUCUUUUCGGCCUGCUGCCUACUGAGGAUGCCUUGACUGCUGUUCACAAGGACAGCAAGAACGGGAAGUUUCCUAAUGCUGCUCUUCCCAUCACGACGUUUGACCAAGGCCAAAUUUGGAUCGAAAAUCCCGAGGGCAAACACCUCAUGCAGAUUGAUGGGGAAACCGUUGCCGGUGAACUCCUGCCAGUUCACAGAAAGCCUGUUAUCUUUGAUGCCUGGCGCCUCAGCCUUCAGCUCCUGUUGGGCAUGCUGAAACAGCAACCUGUUGUUGCUGUGCACUUGUCACCGCCGAUUCAUGCUUGGCACAACUCAGAAGCAGCUGCAACCUCGACCAUCAAGGCCGCAGAAGCUGUUGUUCGCGCCUGUUGUGAGGAGGGCAUUCUUUGGAGCAUUUCGGGGCCAGCUAACUUGAAGCUGUGGCCUCAACAUCUCCUUGCAACUCUUGCUGAGCUGUGUGCUCAUCAAACAUCACUUGAUCUCUGCAUGUUUGGUGCUGGCUGGAAGCUGCCCACUUGUGUCUUCCACAGCUACAGUAGACUCUCGUCUCUAGGCGUUUCCUGCUCUGAGAAUCAUUCGCACUGCACUAGACUGGAACCGAAACUCGUGCUCCCGCCUUUGUUCUGUGCUGCGUUUGUGGAAUGCCUUCUCAAACAGCUCUUCGACUUAGGUGCACAGGCUCCCGCGAGGUGCCUUCCAGAUCAACACAUCAGCCUUUCUCGAGCUGCUGCUCUUAUGGUGGGCAAGCAGCCCAAGGGCAAACGCCUCAAACCUCUGGUCGCUGAGUUUCGCAAUCUUGUUACCUUACAGGGUGACCCUGAUGUCCUUCCUCUAGGCAAGCUUGCCUCCCAGUGGGAAGGUUGCAAUCACAAGCUUCCAGCAGGCACGAAGUGUAUUCGUUCGGUCCCGACCUCGGGGGGCGGCUCUCAGGACCUCUCUGCUGCCUCUAUUUCUUCGGUUGACCGCACUUAUGGAAUCCCUUGGUCCCCGACCGAGUUCCGUUCGGAGGCCUUCAAACAAGGACACCCCAAGCGCCUCGAGUGUGGCGUGCCCGACCCCCUUAAGGUUGUGGUUGAUAAGAUAGUCUCGACCUCCUAUGCUGACAUUGCCAAGGAUCGCACUCAGGCCAUGAGGAAGUGGCUUCUUCGAGCUUGCGAGUUGAAGGAUCUGGAGCCUCCAUUUCCUACGCCUGAUCAUUGCCGUGAUGUUCUCAAGAACAAAUCCAUGCCGCUUUUUGCAGAGAUGCUUGAAGCUGCCAAUUACCCCGACAAGGAUCUAGUCAAGACUAUGUGCUCUGGUUUCGAUCUUCUUGGCCAGAUCCCUGCCUCGGGAGUUCUUCCCGAAAAGCAUAUGGACGCGCUGCUCACCAUCGAUGAGGUUCGCAGCUUGACUCCCGAGGUUCGCAGUGCAAUUUUGCAUCAGCGUGAUGAUGGCAAAGAUCUAGAAAUCUUGACUGCGGUGCAUAAGCUUACCUUGGAGGAAAGGGACCGGGGCUGGCUUCGAGGCCCCCUUAAAUCCUCCGAGAUACCGAGUGACUCCGUGGUCACCAGGCGGUUCGGAAUCAAGCAAUCAAGCACCGAUGUUGACAAGGGUAAAGUGACCAAGAUCAGACCUAUCGACGAUUACACGCAAUCGCUAGCUAACCUCACAUGCGGCUCUACAGAGACGAUCUCUCCCCAUGGGGUAGAUGUCAUAUGUGCUGGCAUUUCCUACAG